AUGGCAAAAAAUCACCCAAACCACCGCUUCCUUAUCAUCUCAUACCCUAUACAAGGUCACAUAAACCCCGCCCUCCAAUUCGCCAAGCGACUCACUACUUUAGGCGCACGCGUCACUUUUGCUACAACGAUCUACUUACACAGUCGCCUUGUCAACAAACCAACCAUCCCCGGCCUCUCCUUCGCCACUUUCUCCGACGGCUACGACGACGGACUCAUAACCAGGGAAGACACGAAUAUAGUCUCCUACGUAUCCGAGCUUACGCGCUGCGGCUCAGAGUUUCUCAAAAGCAUAAUACUCUCCGCCAAAGAAGAAAAUCGUCCAUUCACUUGCUUAACCUACACCAUCAUGCUUCCUUGGGCUGCCAAGGUGGCGCGUGAGCUUCAUCUCGCAUCGGUGCUACUGUGGAUUCAAGCAGCAACAGUUUUUGAUAUCUACUAUUACUAUUUUCAUGAACAUGGUGACUACAUCAAAAACAUAUCAGAGGAUGCCAUAGAAUUACCAGGAUUGCCAUUUUCUCUUAAGAGUUGUGACAUUCCCUCUUUUUUAUUGGCUUCAAAUCCUUACACUUUUGCGCUUCCAUCUGUCAAAGAACACAUUCAAAUUCUCGAAGAAGAAGCCAACCCGAGAAUACUUGUGAACACAGUUGAGAAAUUUGAAUAUGAAGCACUGAGAGACGUUGAUGUUGGUAAGAUCGAAAUGAUACCGAUUGGACCGUUGAUUCCGUCUGCUUUCUUGGACGGUAAGGAUCCUUCGGAUACUUCGUUUGGUGGUGAUGUUAUUAGUGUCAAUCCGGAGGAUAACUACCUUAAAUGGUUAGAUUCAAAAGAUGAACUGUCUGUUGUUUAUGUUUCAUUCGGUACUCUUGCUAUUUUGUCUAAGAGACAAAUGGAGGAAAUUGCACGUGCGUUGUUGGGUUCUGGAUUACCAUUUUUAUGGGUGAUUAGAGAUACAAAAUCACAGAAACAAAAAGAAGAAGAUGGCCAUGGUGAUGAUGAUGAUGAGUUAAGUUUUAGGGAGGAACUUGAGAGGAAUGUUAAUGGAAAGAUAGUGAAAUGGUGUUGUCAAGUGGAGGUUCUGUCGCAUAGUUCAAUAGGAUGUUUUGUGACGCAUUGUGGAUGGAAUUCAACGUUGGAAAGUUUAGGUUCAGGAGUUCCUAUGGUGGGGUUUCCUCAAUGGACAGAUCAAACUACUAAUGCAAAGUUAAUUGAAGAUGUGUGGGGGAGUGGAGUGAGGAUGGGUUGUGAUGAGGAAGGGAUAUUGAAAGCUGAGGAGAUUAGGAGGUAUUUGGAAGUGGUUAUGGGGAAGGGAGAAAAAGGAGAGGACCUUAGGAGGAAUGCUAAGAAAUUGAAGAGUUUGGCUAGGGAAGCUGUGAAGGAAGGAGGGUCUUCGGAUAAGAAUUUGAGGAGUUUUUUAGAUCAUAUUGGAUGUGUGAGUGAUAGAUAG